CUUGAAAGAGAAUACCUGGUGAUAAUCUGGUAUGAGAGAAAGAGAGCAAUUCAGAAGGAGUGUGCUCAAACAUAAACACUGGCACAUAUAGGAUUGGCAAUUGAACAGCCAAGCGAACUAGACUAGAAUGCAUUGCACAAUCAAGAAGCAGCUGCAAAGCGGUACGAACUCUCGCUAUGUACGCCUCAUUCACAAGUCAUUUGCCCGCAGUUAAGGACGUGUCGGUUGUUUGUGUUGCAUAUUGCAGUGAAGGAGAAGAGGCACGGAAAUGUUGGUCAAAUUUUACGUAGUGCCUCCUCGAUAUGCGUGUGAAUAAUUUCAUUCAUAUAUCAUAUAGAAUUGAUAACAAAUUUGGUUUUUGAAAAAUAAAUUAAGUGUUGGUGAAAAUUAAUUUUAAAUAAUUUUGAUUAAACUAUAAUAUAAAGUGUACCUGCUAGCACAGAGCAGAAGACAGGAAAUGUCAGGAAAAUUAUCAGAAUUUUUGAAGAGAACUUGCUUAAUCUGCGGCUGCCAUACAAAUCAAACAAUCAACAUCUACGAGCCGAGAAGUGGGCCUAAUAUUGUUGAACUUAUUCAAGAGAAAUUCAAAUUUCAGCCACUAAACGAAGAUAAAUACCUAUGUUUCAGUUGCAAUAAUUGGCUGAUCAACUGGCACUCACUGCAGGCAUUGAACAGCAACGACGCAGAAAGCCCUUCUGAUACCUUUCGCCCUCAAAUGAAUAGUAUGAUACAUAAGGAGAACUCUGAGAAUCAAUGUCAAAACUCGCAAAAUAUGUCCCAUUGGCAAACGAAUUCACAACUAUGCCGCCCCAUAGCUACGGUUCUCCCAAACAUAACAGCGAAAUUACGCUAUGACGAAGGAAUAUCACUGCAAGAAGAAAACUUGAUUGAAGAGAAAAAAAAAUAUACCACGAGAUAUCAACCCAGAUGUCGUAAUCAAUUAUGUUAUUCCACAAAACAAAAAAUGCUACCAAGGAAUUUGAGAAUACGCCAAAAACUCGUAAAGCACAAAACUUUCGUUGGUCAAUCUGUAAACUUAUCUAUUAACACAGAGGGUACUUGUGAAGAGAAUAUUGAUGACGAGACGAAUUAA